GAUUGAUUCCCUUUGGAGCCGUAAGUACUGAUGUAUUAGGUUGCAGCGCUCAUUGUUCAUUGACGCACAGAGUCCCAAAAUGAAUAUCCAAGAACAGGGUUUCCCCUUGGACAUUGGAGCGAGUUUCACCGAAGAUGCCCCCCGACCCCCAGUGCCUGGUGAGGAAGGAGAACUGGUGUCCACAGAGCCAAGGCCUGCCAGCCACAGUUUCUGUCCUGGGAAAGUCACCGGCAUUAAAGGUGAGACCUCUACCGCCACCCCAAGGCGCUCAGAUCUGGAUCUGGGGUACGAGCCUGAGGGCAGCGCCUCCCCCACCCCACCAUACUUGAGGUGGGCUGAGUCGCUGCAUUCCUUACUGGAUGACCAAGAUGGGAUCAGCCUGUUUAGGACGUUUCUGCAGCAGGAGGGCUGUGCUGACCUGCUGGACUUCUGGUUUGCCUGCAGUGGUUUCAGAAAGCUUGAACCCUGUGGCUCAAAUGAGGAGAAGAGGCUGAAGCUGGCACGAGCCAUCUACCGAAAGUACAUCCUGGAUAGCAAUGGCAUUGUGUCCAGGCAAACCAAGCCAGCCACAAAGAGCUUCAUAAAGGACUGUGUUGUGAAGCAGCUGAUUGACCCUGCCAUGUUCGACCAGGCCCAGACAGAAAUCCAGUCCACUAUGGAGGAAAACACCUACCCUUCCUUCCUCAAGUCCGACAUCUAUUUGGAGUACACGAGGACAGGGUCUGAGAGCCCGAAGGUCUGCAGUGACCAGAGCUCGGGGUCAGGGACAGGGAAGGGCAUAUCUGGAUACCUGCCUACUUUGAAUGAAGAUGAGGAGUGGAAAUGUGACCAAGAUGCUGAGGAGGACAGUGGCAGAGACUCGUGUCCCCCCAGCAGGCUCACUCAGAAGCUGCUCCUGGAGACAGCCACCCCAAGGGCCUCCUCGAGCAGACGGUACAGCGAAGGCAGAGAGUUCAGGUGUGGACCUUGGCGGGAGCCAGCUAAUUCUUUCUACGUCAGCUCUGGUUAUGCCCUAGCCCCAGCCACCAGCGCCAAUGACAGUGAGCAGCAGAGCCUGUCCAGCGAUGCCGACACCCUGUCCCUCACAGACAGCAGCGUGGACGGAGUCCCCCCGUACAGGACCCGUAAGCAGCACCGUAGGGAAAUGCAGGAGAGUGUCCAGGUCAACGGACGGGUGCCUCUACCUCACAUUCCUCGCACUUACCGAAUGCCAAAGGAGAUCCGUGUGGAGCCGCAGAAGUUUGCUGAGGAGCUCAUCCAUCGCCUGGAGGCCGUUCAGCGUACACGGGAGGCCGAGGAGAAGCUGGAAGAGCGGCUAAAACGUGUGCGCAUGGAGGAGGAAGGCGAGGAUGGCGAACUGCCCUCUGGGGCCCCAGGAGUGAGUCACAAGCUGCCUUCCGCCCCAGCCUGGCACCACUUCCCACCUCGCUGUGUGGACCUGGGAUGCACUGGGCUACGCGACGCCCACGAGGAGAACCCCGAGAGCAUCCUGGACGAACAUGUGCAGCGGGUCAUGAGGACACCGGGCUGCCAGUCCCCUGGUCCAGGCCACCGCUCCCCCGACAGCGGGCAUGUGGCCAAGAUCGCUAUGCUGGGCGGUGCAGCCUUGGGGCAUGGGAAGCACGUGCCCAAGUCAGGGGCAAAGCUGGAUGCCACUGGCCUACACCAUCACAGGCACAUUCACCACCAUGUUCACCACAGCGCAGCCAGGCCCAAGGAGCAGCUUGAGGCUGAGGCCACCCGCAGGGUCCAGAGCAUGUGGGGCCUAGAAUCACACAGCCACCCAGCCAAGCCCCGUGGCUAUUCGGAAAACACAGGUGCCAUCCCCAGUGCCAGUGAUCCAUCCUACAGUGGGAAGGCAAGUGUGCCCUCCAAAAGAAAUGCCAAGAAGGCCGACUCUGGGAAGAACGCUAACACGGAGGUGCCGGGCGCCACAGAGGAUGCAGAGAAGAACCAGAAGAUUAUGCAGUGGAUCAUUGAGGGGGAGAAAGAGAUCAGCAGGCACAGGAAGGCUGGCCAUGGGUCGUCUGGGGCGAGGAAGCAGCAGGCCCACGAGAACUCCCGGCUCUUGUCCAUCGAGCGCCCUGGAGCCGUGCACCCCUGGGUCAGUGCUCAGCUUCGCAAUUCUGUCCAGCCCUCUCAUCUCUUCAUUCAAGACCCCACAAUGCCACCCAAUCCAGCCCCCAACCCCCUGACUCAGCUGGAGGAAGCCCGCAGGCGUCUGGAGGAGGAGGAGAAGCGAGCCAGCAAGCUGUCUUCCAAGCAGAGGUACGUGCAGGCGGUCAUGCAGCGGGGACGUGCCUGUGUCAGGCCAGCGUGCACGCCAGUGCUGAGCGUGGUGCCAGCCGUGUCGGACUUGGAGCUCUCCGAGACAGAGAUAAAAUCACAGAAGAAGAUAGGUGGUGGCAGUGCCCAGCCGUGUGACAGCAUCGUAGUGGCCUACUACUUCUGUGGGGAGCCCAUCCCCUACCGGACCCUGGUGAGAGGCCGUGCAGUCACCCUGGGCCAAUUCAAGGAGCUGCUGACCAAGAAAGGCAGCUACAGAUACUACUUCAAGAAAGUGAGUGACGAAUUUGACUGUGGCGUGGUGUUUGAGGAGGUGAGAGAAGAUGAGGCUGUGCUGCCCGUUUUUGAGGAGAAGAUCAUCGGCAAGGUGGAGAAAGUGGACUGACCGGCAGGUGGCCGCACCCAGGACACAGGUUUCAGUGCAUGGACGUGUCAGCCCAGCAAUGACCAUGCACCCAGGAGCUUGUGUGGGAGUGACACAGAUGCUCCCACUGUGCGUGGUCACGUGGACCCUGGGAAGGUCCAGGUGUGCCCCUCUCUGCCUGUGUCUGCCCCACCCACCCUAUAGCAAUACGUGGAGUCCUUGAGCACGGCAGCCUGCCUGCAGCCCCUGCUGUGGGAUUCACACGCCGUGGUACUUAGGCCCAGGUACGGGGGCCCGGCAGGGACCUCUAAAUUGUACAUGUCACCGAGUGCCUUCAACACAGCUGUCUCUUGCCUGCCACUAUGUGAAGCCGGUGGCUCUGAAGCCUCGGCCCCUCCUUCACCUGCCUCCAGCCGCCAGCUCAACAGGCCAGGUCCCUGCUUUCUAAGGGCCCAUGUAAAUAUGUACAUUUCUCAGGUCAGGGCCAGCAGGGGGCUGCCCAAAGACCAUUUUUCAUGCCAUGACUUGUACAAUUAUCUUUUCAAAG